AUGGCUGCUCUUUCGCCUCCUCCAACAAUCCACAUCACCACCUCAGAAACAACUCUCUCUGAAGACCCCACUGUGGAACUCUUGAAUGAUCAGACCGAUGUCCUCAAGAUUCCUUGUAACCUCCCUUCUCUCGAGAGAACUCAAUCAUCUCCUUCAGUAGGGACUGUCGAAAACCUCACUGUCCCUCGACGACCUUCUAUUCGUCGUUCCAUCUCCAACACAUCUAGCAGGACAACAGACGCUAUCGUCAAGCGCUCACGAUGGUCGCUUCAUCUAGAAGCUGUAACAUGGCGCAAUCUCAUGAAUAUCGGCAUGUACUUACACACCGUUGCUCUCCCUCGACCUCCAUCGCCGACUUUUACUCGAACAAUUCCGGCUACUUUGUCACCAAAUAAAGGGUUCAUAAAACUUCAAUUCUACUGUCCGAUCGGAUGGCCCAACAAACCUCGUGGGAAGGAUAACGACACCAAAGGAUUCCCUGCUAUGAUCAAUUUUCAUGGUGGUGGUUUCACUAUUGGAUCUGCCACUGACGAUUGUCGCUGGGCAGAUGCUGUCAGACGAGCAGUGGAUUGUAUCCUUGUCAGUGUGGAUUACCGACGAGCACCUGAAUUUCCGUUUCCAACAGCCGUUGAAGACGGUGUCGAUGCUAUAUUCUAUAUCGUGCAUCUCGCCAGGGAACUUAAAAUCGACAUCAACCGUUUAUCCGUCUCUGGAUUCUCAGCCGGUGGUAACAUGGCAUUCACCGUUCCUCUCAGAUGGCAAUACGAGUGUCGUGCAUUAAUGGGGAUCCCCACUGAUGUCUCGGGGGGUACACCUCUCCCUCCAGAUGCUGCAUCCGAAGGUGCAUUCAGCAUGAGCCGUCAUGGUGGAAAGAUCGUAACGAUCUGUGCUUGGUACCCUUCCCUCGACUUCACGAGCCCGCGGUGCGAUCGCAGAAAGACAAAUGUACGACCAGAUAAGGGCAUGCCGGAGUUCUUCACCAACCUUUUCGAUGCAAGUUAUUUAUACCCUCCAAAGACAAUAGAUGUUACAUCGCCAUAUUUGUCUCCUGGUGUUGCAUCGGAUGGAUUGUUACAGGGCUUACCCAAGGAUAUUUUAUUGUACACCUGCGAGUUCGACGAGCUUUGUGCCGAAGGGUUGAGGUUUAGGGAUAGAUUGCAGAGUGAGCCGUUGAAUAAGAAUGUGGCGUGGAGGAUGGUGGAGGGACAACCGCAUGCAUGGGAUAAAAGUCCGAAUGGGAAGGACCCAGAGAGAGAUCGGUUUUAUACGGAGGCGUGUAGGAAACUGAGAGGGAUCUUCUAUGGGGAUGAGGAGGAGCUGGCUCCACCUGAGUGA